UGAUAAAGAAAACGGAUAUGAGCGGACCACCAUCACAGUGUACUAACUGUGGUGAGUGGAGCGCAUGUGACGAGGAAACUGGACAAUGUUCAAGACAAGAAUGCCCACUGCUAACAACUGUUGCCAAUGGAACAGUCCUUGGGAAUAUGAAUGAUUUUGGGGCAAAGAAAAUUGUCAGGUGUAACACAGGGUACUUUGAGAUUACUGGUACUCACUCACUCAAGUGUUCAGCAGAAGGGAAAUGGACUCGCAAUGAUCGCGAUCCACAUUGUCAAAAAUGCCCGGAUGCAGACCAGAUGAUCCAGUUUCCUUGGUCCCAAUCUUACAAGUUAAAGUUCUACAAAACUAGAACGACACAACAGGACGCUAAUGACACCUGUGACAGGGAAGGGGCGCAUCUCGUUAGAAUAGAUAAAUGGUGGAAACUACAAUACAUAAGGAGUAUACGGAAUACUUGCUUUGAUUUGGAGAAAGACUCUAAGAAGUACUGGACAGAUGGAAGAAAAGACGAAAUAUGGAAAUAUUCCAAUGGCUCGAAUGUUCCAAUGGAUGAAAUGUACUGGAAUCAGAAGAGUAAUGGCACUGGAAACCGAAACUGUAUCCGGAUGAAACAAAGGCUAUUGGCGUUAUCGUGCAAUAAGAAAUUGAGUUUCAUAUGUGAAUUUGACUAGUCAUUUUUGUGUCAGAACACGUGGUUUGUUUGACGGAAAAGCGUGACACAGUGGUGCAUUUCUUGGACGACUUCAAAAUUUUGUUCAUAUAUAC